UCACUUGUCGAUUUAGAUUACAUAAUAUACAACAAAUACAUAAACAACAUGUCUGAUAAAAAGAGAACUCAUGAUGAUAUCGUCUUUGAUGACGAUGAGGAGGACAAUAACAGCACCGGCAAUGACGGAGAGGAUAACGUUGAUGACAACGACGACGAAGACAUCGAGCAAGAUCAGAAUGAGAUGAUUGAGGACGAGGAGGAGGAAGAAGAUGAUGACGAGAAGGACCAAAAGUUCAAUGUUUGGAGACCUGGCGUCGACACUAUUCAAGAGGGUGAGGAGCUAACAUACGACAGCUCUGCUUACGACAUGAUGCAUACCAUGACCGUAGAGUGGCCAUGUCUCAGCUUCCAUCCUCUUAGAGACACUCUUGGUCUACAAAGAAACAAGUAUCCACAUACAAUGUAUAUGGUAUCUGGAACUCAAGCAGACCAGGCAAAGAACAACAAGGUGCUCGUAAUGAAGGUGUCCUCACUUUACAAGACAAAGCACGACGAAGCAGACUCGGACGACGAGAUGUCAGACGAUGAGGAUGAUGAUGACAUUGACGAGGAGAAUGACGGUGAGGCAUUGCUGCAAACAAACUAUAUCAAUCACAAUGGUUGUGUAAAUAGAAUAAGAGCAAUGGAACAACAAUCGAAUAUAAUUGCAACAUGGUCCGACAGCAGACAAGUGUUCCUUUGGAACAUUCACAACAACUUGAAGGAGUUGGACGGCGAGAACAAGCCAAUCAAGAAUCAAUCACCCCUCCAUGUGAUUACCUCUCACUCUGAUGAGGGUUAUUCACUGGAUUGGUCACCAACCGUGGUUGGUAGACUGGCCUCUGGUGACUGCAAGAACAUGAUCUAUGUCACCAAUGCCUCUGGUGCCACAUGGCAGACAGACUCUACACCAUUCAAGGGUCAUCAAGCAUCCGUCGAGGAUCUGCAGUGGAGUCCAAGUGAGGAGAAUGUGUUUGUCAGUUGCAGCAGUGAUCAGACCAUCAAGGUGUGGGACAUUAGAGCCAAGAAACCCGCCAUCUCUGUGCAUGCCCAUGAGUCGGAUGUCAAUGUCGUGUCGUGGAGCCGCAAGGUGGCCUACCUGCUGGUGUCUGGUGGCGAUGACGGAACAUUCAAGGUGUGGGAUCUACGUAACUUCAAGAAUGACUCGCCCGUCUCCAACUUUAACUAUCACACUGGACCCAUCACCUCUGUGGAAUGGAAUCCAUUCGACGAGUCACAGGUCAUCGUGUCAUCCAGCGAUAACCAGGUCACUAUUUGGGACUUCUCAUUGGAGGAGGACACAGAGGAGUUUGAAGGUGUGGAAAAGACCAAUGGCACAGACGACGACUACCAGGUACCACCACAACUGUUCUUUGUUCAUCAAGGUCAGCAUGAGGUUAAGGAGGUGCACUGGCAUCCUCAGAUCCCUCACGUGGCCAUCACCACUGCCUACGAAGGAUUCAACAUCUUCAAGUCAUUCAACAGUGAA